AUGGAGGAGACUCUGGCGCAAUCAUUCGAUCCGCAAAGGUCAUGGAAGGAAUUUGCGCGGUCCGGCACAUCUGAACUGGAGUCAUUGCUUUGCAAGCAAGAGGGCGCUUCACUGGCGCCCGGCCACAUGGACCUUUUCGACGGCGGCACUUCUUCCCGCGACGAUGCGUUCCUUCGACCCGCACUUUGGGAGGACAUCGCUUCCUCCAUUAGAAACAUCGAUCCCGAGAAUGCCAACAUGCUCGCGCCACUUGGGGCCACUCACGUCAAGCUCGAAGCUGACGAUCCCUUGCUUGAAGAAUGUGCCACGCCCCUCCUCAGUCCUCUCGAAAUUAAAACGGAGAGGAUAUGCGCACCACCUAUAUACGCGCAUCCUCAACCACCACAGCAUCAGCCACAACUACAGCCGGCGCCGUCCUUCGCCAAGUACCCACCGUCAAGAUUGGUUUAUAUGUCCCCUCUGACUCCUCCCGGCUCUGAUCAAGGAAGUCCUGGAAACUCUAUGCAGGGCGGCCCACGGCGGACACCACCACCGCCCUACCACCCGCCGCCACUUCUGCGCGCGCCCCACGGGCCCCACACGCCCCACACGCCGCACAUGCCACCGCAUCCCUCCCAUGCCCAUCACCAUUCACAGGCGAUGCCCCAGCAGAUGCAAAUGGUCACACAGCAGGCGGUGCCGCAGCCACCACAUCCGAACCCCACGUUGCAGCACUCGCGGCUCGCAUCCCCACAUCCUGUUAAAUACAAUAGGAGGAACAACCCCGAACUAGAGAAGAGACGGGUCCACCAUUGCGACUUUAUGGGUUGUACAAAAGUUUACACCAAGAGCUCGCACCUGAAAGCCCAUCAGCGUAUACAUACAGGUGAGAAACCGUACACUUGCCAAUGGCCGGAGUGCGAAUGGAGAUUCGCGCGCUCAGACGAGCUGACACGGCACUACCGGAAACACACCGGCGCCAAACCGUUCAAGUGCGCAGUGUGCGAGCGUUCGUUUGCCAGGAGGGGCGGGGACCAACCGCCCAUACCUCCCCCUGCUCAGGAGGAAUGUAAUGAAAACAUCUUUCUGGAGUGCGACCUGGAAACGAGCCUCAUGGACACGUUCUACGGAGUACAG